AUAGCGGUCGCCGGCAUAUGCGGAGUUGGAAACCAUUCCAUUAACUUCGCUUCCACCUUUGAUUUCACACACAAACAUAUAGGAAGUAGAUAGCCGUUGCUUCAGCGGCAUUAACAUUUUGUAUUUACUUUUUGUAACAGAAAUUCCCGAGCAAACGAGAUUCUGCCUCAACAUGCCCCCGCCACGGCUAGCGACUCAGCCUACUGUUGCGUCAAGUAGCACGACGACACUCGAACAUUCAGGUACACUACCUCUUACCCAAACCAACGGCACGCUAGUUUUGCGUGCAGAACCAGCAGAGGAGCGGCAUAUACAAUGGGCGGAAGACGUGGUUGACAAUGAAGGCAUGGGCAAGAAGUCCUCUAAAGUGUGCUGUAUAUACCACCGUCCGCACUCUGUGGACGAGUCCUCUGACGACGAGUCCAGCAGCGACGAUUCGAGCUCAAGUGAUGGUGAUAGCGACAGCGAGGUUGACGAUGGAAGGGCGAGGAUGAUCGGCGGUAAUAGGAGAGGGAGAGAAAGGAGACGUCAUGGGCAUCACGACCACAAUCAUGAACACAGCCAUGACCAUGACCACGACCAAAAAAGUCCUGGUGACAAAGGAAGUAAAGGAAAGGCCAAGGACAGAAAGCCGAGUCCAAAUGCUUACGAGAAACAACCCAAGUACGUGAAGAAACCCGCAAGUGGCAGUGAAAACCGUUCAUAGCAACAGUUUGAUACUGUCCUAUGGUUUUGAUUACACAAUUAGAAGAUUAAGCGCAUAGCGAGGCGUCCUUCAUAGUAGGACUUCGUAGGCUUCUGAUAUUUUAGAAAAUGAUACCCAGUGCUUGAUGAAAAAGACGAUGGCAAGCAUUGGACUGCCCUUCCACCACCUUCCUCGAGUCCCAUCUGAAGUCCAACUUUAUCGAUGGCCAAUAAACGAGAAUAAAUAGUGAACCAAAGAGCAAAGACAUUGUUUCUACACAGGGAAUUUACGAGAGUUGAAUGUGCCAUUUUCCUGCCCUCCAAAUGUUUCGCAUAGUUUUCAUGUUUUGGUGUAUAGGUUCAUCU